UUUUAUAUUAUUACGACUGUGUUUUGCUAUAUUGUUGUUCAUUGUUUGUUUAUAUACCAGCCUCCAGUUACAUUUGUAGACAAAUACAUUAAUACACACUUAUAUCUGCUAUAUUAUAGAGUUUUGUAAACAAUUUAUUAACUGUUUAUAAAUAUUAAAUGGAGGGAUUUAAAGUAAAGUGCUGAAAUUUGGUAUCUUUUCUAAUAAUGGACCUAGAAAAUGUCUAUUUCAGAUGUCUUAAGAACAAUUACAACAUAAAACAAUUACAAAAUGAGAAGAAAACAUUCUCACAAGUAGUAAAUGAUCUCUAAACCUGCUCUGGACGCUGUCUGAAACGUGUAAAAUGACAUUUACAUGCGGUUUCAUCAGGCAGUGAUGACGUCAGAAGCCGUCUCUGACACACUGCUGUUGUGAUGUGGAAGCAGCAGUGACAGCACGGCACUCAGCGCUGGACUUUACCCCCCUGUUUCCUCCAUACAACUCAGCUGCCUAUAUAUACUUAGAAAUGAACAGUGCAGGACACACACACAGUAUUCAACAGCUCACUGACUGAACAGCAAGCUCUUGCACAAAGGUAAGACACCAAGAGAAUAGUUUUCAGUUCAGGAGGAGAAAAAAAAAACAUAAAAAGCUAAAUUUUUUUCUCAUCUGCAGUGUCAGUCAUGAAGUUCCUCGUGGUGCUCGUCUUCGCUGUUUUCACUGGUUGCAAUGCCAACAUCAUGUGGCAAAACCAGCCCAAACGCCAGGUCGACAUGGUGAAAGAUGCCUUUUGGGAUUACGUUGCCAAGGCAACCAUGACUGCUGAGGACUCCCUGAAGCAGAUCAGACAGUCGGAGCUUGGAAGAGAUGUCAACAACCUCAUUUCUGAGAGCACCGUCGCCGUCAACAAGUUCACCGAAACUCUGCGUACUCAGGUGGUUCCUCUGACCCAGGACCUCAUGUCUAAGUUCUCCCAGGAGGCCGAGCAGCUGAAGGCUCGUCUGGAGAAGGAUCUGACCGCCAUGAGCACUAACCUGCAGCCGUACGCCGAGGAGCUGGCGGCUGACCUCCAGAGGCAGGUGGAGGAGCUGAAGAAGGAAGCCGCCCCCUACGCAGAGUCCAUGGACCCAGAGGCCCUGAAGGCCGUCCUGCUGCAGAAGAGCCAGGAGCUGAAGGGGCAGCUGGACAAGAACGUGAAUGAGCUGCAGGCCCAGAUGGUCCCCUACACCGAGGAGAUGAAGGAGAAGAUGGAACAGAGCCUGGAUGAGUUUCAGAAGAGCAUGAUCCCCCUGGCCCAGAGCUUCCAGACCCAGCUGACCCAGAAAACCCAGGAGCUCCAGCAGAGCCUGACUCCCUACGGAGAGGAGCUGAAGGCCAAGCUGGAAGCUGACACCCAGAACCUGAAGAAGCAGCUGGCUGCUCUCUGGAAGUCCUUCUCUAAGCUGACCCAGUAAACGGACUAAUACUUUUACCAAGUUGUGAAUUAAGCUCAACUGCCUGAUCAUCAGGUGUUAAUGGGACUCAUGAAAAGUGCAAUACCUCAUUUUCUAUGUUUUUAUGCUCACAGACGCUCGCAGAGGCAAACUUCUGAACUAUGUCAGUAUUCUAUCUAUUGUGUGACUG